AUGCAUGGUUGCUGGCUAAGUGGGCGUUCUGUCAAGGUUUUGAGCAUCUUGAAAAUGAUUGAGCCUGUAGAAAGUAAAAGCUAUUUUCUGAGGUCGCUGGCUGUGUUUCACUUAAUUUGUUUGAUCAAUUUCUCCAGUGUCGAGGCAAGAACUCGUCACAACAAAUGGGAGGUCAAAUAUGAAUACAAGUCCCCAGACUGCUAUAAGAAGCUGACUAUCACCAUAAAUGGGAGAUCUCCAGGACCUACAAUUUUUGCACAGCAAGGUGACACUGUUGUUGUUGAGCUAAAAAAUAGUUUGUGGACAGAAAAUGUCGCUAUUCACUGGCAUGGAAUCAGACAGCUUGGAACGCCAUGGAGUGAUGGCACGGCAGGGGUCACCCAGUGUCCGAUUUUACCUGGAGACACCUUUAUUUACAAGUUUGUUGUAGACAGGGCUGGGACAUACCUGUAUCAUGGGCAUUAUGGAAUGCAAAGAGCAGCUGGAUUAUAUGGAUCCAUUAUUGUAUCGCUUCCUGAUGGAGUCUCUGAACCCUUUUCCUAUGAUUACGAUCGGAGCAUAAUCUUAAAUGAUUGGUACCACGCAAGCACUAAUGAACAAGCUGCAGGCCUAUCUGCCAUACCCUUUGUUUUUGUCGGAGAGCCACAAUCACUUCUUAUAAAUGGAAGAGGAGAUUACAACUGCUCUCUUUCCACCACUUCAGGCUCUGCAGCUGGAUUUUGCAAUACAACAAAUCCUGAAUGCUCUCCUUAUUCGCUGACUGUUGUUCCUGGAAAAACAUAUCGACUGAGGAUUGGUAGCUUAACAUCCCUGUCAGCUCUUAGUUUCGAAAUCGAGGGCCAUGGCAUGACUGUUGUAGAAGCGGAUGGGAACUAUGUAGAACCAGUUGCUAUAAGAAACCUUUAUAUCUACUCUGGAGAGACAUACUCUGUGUUAGUAAAAGCUGAUCAAGAUUCUUCAAGAAAUUACUGGGCAACUAUUAAUGUAGUGAGUCGCAAACCAGCAACACCAACUGGUUUAGCCAUUUUGAACUACUAUCCAAAACAUCCACAAAAGCAUCCUCCAACAGUUCCAACCACAGGGCCUCUUUGGAAUAAUACAACAUCCAGGUUGGCUCAAAGUCUUGCAUUUAAGGCUCGCCAAGGUUUCAUUACUACCCCUCCUCUCACCUCAGAUAGAGUGAUUGUGUUUCUAAACACACAAAACAAGAUUGAUGGCUAUUUUAAAUGGUCCUUGAACAACCUCUCUCUCAUACUUCCUCAGACCCCAUACCUCAUUGCACUUAAAGAAAAUUUGACCAAUGCAUUUGAUCAAGGCCCUCCUCCUGAUGGAUAUGACUUUGCAAAUUACGACGUAUACAGCGUGGCCAAAAAUGUUAACGCUACUUCAAGCAACAGAAUAUAUAGGCUACGGUUCAAUUCAACAGUUGAUAUCAUACUCCAAAAUGCUAACACUAUGACUGUGAACAUCAGUGAGACGCAUCCCUGGCAUCUUCAUGGGCAUGAUUUUUGGGUCCUGGGGUAUGGUACAGGCAAGUAUAACAUAUCUAGUGAUUGGAGAAAAUACAAUUUGGUUAAUCCCAUUUUGAAGAACACAGCGCCUUUGCAUCCUUAUGGAUGGACUGCUUUGAGGUUUAGAGCUGAUAAUCCAGGUGUUUGGGCCUUUCACUGCCAUGUUGAGUCUCAUUUCUAUAUGGGCAUGGCUGUGGUGUUUGAAGAAGGGAUAGAGAAGGUGGGGGAGUUGCCUUCGUCUAUAAAGGGAUGUGGUGAAUCUAAAGGCUACCAUCGACCAUACGGUAGUUAUUCUUGGUCAUUAAUUUAUCAAUCAGGCUGUUCUGCUACUGCUGUAGUGGCUGUGGAAUACCUAUUCUGUAACUUGAGGAAGAGGUUCAUGAUUCUUCAAUUCUUGAAAGACUUCUGCUCUACACUUCUUGCCUCUCCAAUGUUGAUAGCAUUCCUGGUAGAUGCUUGGUUAGAAGAGGAGCUUGAUUCUCUCCGGAUCGAGUCAGUAGAAAUGGGCAGGGGAAUUUGGAAGCAAUACUUGGGGACUGCACAAGAUUUAGCACAAAGGUGGAAGAAAGAGAGACUUAAAGUCUUCAACCAUGGAGAAUUUGGCAACCAUGGAUCAACUUGUUCGCCAUCUGGUAUGUCUAGGGAUGCAAUUGAUCCAAGGAUCAACUGGGAGCCAGGACUAUCUUACCAUCUUCCAGGAAUCAGCUGCCUUCACCUCAGAGGAAGGGAGUUGAAUUAA